AAUAUUUUGUGUGGGAGCGAGCGGUGCAUUUGCAUGUUGCGGAGUGAUUAGUGGGUUUGAAAAGCGAACCGUGGCUCGGCCUCAUUUCCCGCUCUGGUUCAGGCGCAGGAGGAAGUGUUUUGCUGGAGGAUGAUGACAGAGGUCAGGCUUCGCUAAUGGGCCAGUGAGGAGCGGUGGAGGCGAGGCCGGGCGCCGGCACACACACAUUAACACACUUGAGCCAUCACCAAUCAGCAUAGGGAUCUGAGAAUUGCUCUUACACACCAAACCAGCAGCAUCCGUGGAGAAAACUCUCGCCAGCAACUCCUUUAAAACACCGUCAUUUCCAACCGCUGUGGUCUUUAAGCAGCAAUAACAGCCACAAAAAAACCCAAAACCCAAGCAAACAAAACUCUUGACAGGAGCUUUGACGGGAGAGGAUGCCUCAUAAAGGGGGAAGACCUUAACUAGGGGUGCGCAGAUGUGUGAGACCUUUUAUUGUAAGAGUGGACAGACAUCCCAGAUUUCAGAAUCCCAUAUUCGAGCCCCGUGGGAUCCCGCGCCCCACAGCCAGCGCCAGCAUGCAGAACAGUCACAGCGGAGUGAAUCAGCUCGGUGGUGUCUUUGUCAACGGGCGGCCACUGCCAGACUCCACCCGGCAGAAGAUCGUAGAGCUAGCGCACAGCGGGGCCCGGCCGUGCGACAUUUCCCGAAUUCUGCAGGUGUCCAACGGAUGUGUGAGUAAAAUUCUGGGCAGGUAUUACGAGACUGGCUCCAUCAGACCCAGGGCAAUCGGUGGUAGUAAACCGAGAGUAGCGACUCCAGAAGUUGUAAGCAAAAUAGCCCAGUAUAAGCGGGAGUGUCCGUCCAUCUUUGCUUGGGAAAUCCGAGACAGAUUACUGUCGGAGGGGGUCUGUACCAACGAUAAUAUACCAAGUGUGUCAUCAAUAAACAGAGUUCUUCGCAACCUGGCUAGCGAAAAGCAACAGAUGGGCGCAGACGGCAUGUAUGAUAAACUAAGGAUGUUGAAUGGGCAGACCGGAAGCUGGGGCACCCGCCCCGGUUGGUAUCCGGGGACUUCCGUGCCAGGGCAACCUACCCAAGAUGGCUGCCAGCAACAGGAAGGAGGGGGAGAGAAUACCAACUCCAUCAGUUCCAAUGGAGAAGAUUCAGAUGAAGCCCAAAUGCGACUUCAGCUGAAGCGGAAGCUACAAAGAAAUAGAACAUCCUUUACCCAAGAGCAAAUUGAGGCCCUGGAGAAAGAGUUUGAGAGGACCCAUUAUCCAGAUGUGUUUGCCAGAGAAAGACUAGCAGCCAAAAUAGAUCUACCUGAAGCAAGAAUACAGGUAUGGUUUUCUAAUCGAAGGGCCAAAUGGAGAAGAGAAGAAAAACUGAGGAAUCAGAGAAGACAGGCCAGCAACACACCUAGUCAUAUUCCUAUCAGCAGUAGUUUCAGCACCAGUGUCUACCAACCAAUCCCACAACCCACCACGCCUGUUUCCUCCUUCACAUCGGGCUCCAUGUUGGGCCGAACAGACACAGCCCUCACCAAUACGUAUAGCGCUCUGCCACCCAUGCCCAGCUUCACCAUGGCCAAUAACCUGCCUAUGCAACCCCCAGUCCCCAGCCAGACGUCCUCGUACUCCUGCAUGCUGCCUACCAGCCCUUCGGUGAAUGGGCGGAGUUAUGAUACCUAUACCCCCCCACAUAUGCAGACACACAUGAACAGUCAGCCAAUGGGCACCUCGGGCACCACUUCCACAGGACUCAUUUCCCCUGGUGUAUCAGUUCCAGUUCAAGUUCCUGGAAGUGAACCUGAUAUGUCUCAAUAUUGGCCAAGAUUACAGUAAAAAAAAAGAGAAAGAAAAAAUAUAUUGUGUUAAUUCAGUCAGUGACUAUGUGGACACGGCAGUUGGGCGUUCAGGAAGGAAAGGAAAAUGGCUGUUAGUAGCACUUCAAAGUUCUGCGAUUGUGUCCAGUAUUGUACCACUGGAGGACGGACUUGGAACAAGGACCUUUGUAUACAGAAGGCAUGAGAUCAGUUGGAACAAAUCUUCAUUUUGGUAUCCAAACUUUUAUUCAUUUUGGUGUAUUAUUUGUAAAUGGGCAUUUGUAAUAAUGAAAAAAAGAACAACGUAGACUGGAUGGACAUUUGAUCUGUGCUGGUCAUGAAGUUGUUUUUUGUUUUUUAAAAAAAGGAAACCAUGAUCAACAAGCUUCGCCAUGAAUUUAAGAAUUUUAUCAAGAUAUAUCGACUACUUCUACCCAUCUGUUCAUAGUUUAUGGACUGAGGUUCCAAGUUUGAAUCAUUCCUUUGCAUAUAAUUAAACCUGGAACAACAUGCACUAGAUUUAUGUAAGAAAUAUCUGUUGGUUUUCCAAAGGUUGUUAACAGAUGAAGUUUAUGUGCAAAAAAGGGUAAGAUAUAAAUUCAAGGAAGAAAAAAGUUGAUAGCUAAAAGGUAGAGUGUGUCUUCGAUAUAAUCCAAUUUGUUUUAUGUCAAAAUGUAAGUAUUUGUCUUCCCUAGAAAUCCUCAGAAUGAUUUCUAUAAUAAAGUUAAUUUCAUUUAUAUUUGACAAGAAUACUCUAUAGAUGUUUUAUACACAUUUUCAUGCAAUCACGCGUUUCUUUUUUGGCCAACAAAAGUUUAUUGUUCUUAGAUAUAGUUGUAUUACUGUUCACAGUCCAAUCAUUUUGUGCAUCUAGAAUUCAUUCCUAAUCAAUUAAAAGUGCUUGCAAGAGUUUUAAACUUAAGUGUUUUGAAGUUGUUCACAACUACAUAUCAAAAUUAACCAUUGUUGAUUGUAAAAACCAUGCCAAAGCCUUUGUAUUUCCUUUAUUAUACUAUUUUCUUUUUAACCUUACAGUGUGGUGUUACAAAUUUUGUUCCCAUGUUGGAGUAACAUUCUAAACCAAUGGUUACUUUCAUACAUUCUCUAUUUUAAAACCCGAUGAUCCUUAAAGAAAUAAUUCUUAAAGAUAUCAUAAAUCAGAAAUGUGUUAGAAAAAAAUUCUACUUGAAGCUGCAUGUAGAUCUGUGCCCAUUUAUGCCCACAACGCACAUACUAAAUGGAAACAUUUUCCAGCUAGCCAUUUCAUCCAAAAGCUCAAAGUCUAGAAAUAAUUUUAAAAAUGCAACAAGCUAUUAACUAAGAAUUGUCUUUUGAAUUAGGGCUGACAUUUUCAAUCUGGGCAGAUUUCCAUUGUCAGCCUAUUUCAACAGCGAUUUCACUGAAGUAUAUUCAAAAGUAGAUUUCUUAUACAAGACUCUGUGAAAGCUGUUGCCUUUCUCCCUUUUCUCUCUCCCUCCCCUUUGCACAGAGGCAUCAUUCCCCAUUGAACCACUACAGCUGUUCCCAUUUGAAUCUCCCUUUCUGUGCGGUUGUGGAUGGUUGGAGGGUGGAGGGGGGAUGUUGCAUGUCAAGGAAUAAUGAGCACAGACACAUCAACAGACAACAACAAAGCAGACUGUGACUGGCCGGUGGGAGUUAAAGGCCUUCAGUCAUUGGCAGCUUAAGCCAAACAUUCCCAAAUCUAUGAAGCAGGGCCCAUUGUUGGUCAGUUGUUAUUUGCAAUGAAGCACAGAUCUGAUCAUGUUUAAAGUGGCGGCACGCAGGGCAGGAGUGCUUGAGCCCAAGCAAAGGAUGGAAGAAAAUAAGCCUUUGUUGUUUUGAAAACCUGUCUGAGACUUUUAUUUCUGUAUGUUCUGUGCAACACAUAAGUCAAUAUAGAUGUUUCCUUCUGCAAACUUCCAUCAAAGGCUGGGGGUCCCGGCAGUCUAGAUUAAAUGCUUGCACAGGCAGAAACCUCUGGGGACAAAGACCCACUUCCACUGAAUUGUACUGUGCUUUUUAUUUGUUAUGUUUUGAACCCCCAAAAGCAAAUGAUCAGAAAUAUAGAAAUUAAUUGGAGGCUUUAAAAAAACAACCUUCUACCUCCACAUCUCCUAUUUUCUCGUUAAGGAGUCACUUGUGAACAGAUCAUUGUGAUUCAUCUCUCUGGCAUGCUAUGUGUUAAUGCGUUUAUUCCACCAGAGUUGCUGUGCAUUUAGAGACACCUUUCUAGGUUGAUUGUAGCUUUUUCAUGUGUGUGUGUAGUUUGAUUCAAUGUCAGUCUGCACUGCAUGCUUGCACACUUCCGCAGUGGCAUGUGCAGACAUAUGCACUGUUGGUACAGUUGCCCAUGCAGGUGUUUUUACCUCCUGACAUUUCACAGCCUACAUUCCCAGAGGGACAUGUAUCCAGGGAACUGUCGGAAGGGCUACGUGUGGUGUGUGCUGCAGCUGCUGCCUGGCUUCUUCCCUGGAAGAAGGGGGACCGUUUCCAACUGGCUGUGAUUUGGGCCAGGGUUAGGCAACCAGUUCUGGCCCAUGGCUCUGUUGUGUAUAGACUUAGAACUGGUGGCCCUUGGGUGCAGGAGCUGGGAAUGGGAGAAGGGGAGUGCUGGGGGAGUGGAGAGUCGGUGCGUGUGCACUUGGGCCCGUGACCUCUGAGGGACUAGAUUUCCAGGGCACAGUGGCACGGCCUGGCCGAGUUGGAAGAAGCGGCUGCUCAGCUGCAGAAGCCCUCUGAUCCACCAGGAUGCAAGGCUGCCAUGCCUUCUGCUCUCACCCUGGGGAGAUGAGCGGUACCCUGAAUGCAGCUCUGGGCACCUUCCCGGGGACAGCAUGGCCAGCACUGUGUGGAAGCAAUGCCCAGGAGGCUGCCUUCGACUUAUUGUUGAAACUGUUUAUUUACAGUUAGGCGUAUGUAUGUAUGUAUGUAUGUAUGUAUGUAUUGGUGGGAACUCCGCAGGGAAGCUUUGACACCAUCUUUCAGGACGGUGGCUUGGUAUUUGGGGGUGUCCUCAGUAGAACCACACGACUAACAACUUAUACUUUUCCUUCAAACUUGGCUGGCUUAGGAAGACCAGGUGAACAGAGUCAGAGGUGAAUGUUUGAGUAAGAAACAUUCAGGUUACUGAGUAAAAAAAUUCUUUUUUACUACAAGAAAUUUCCAGAAUAUUUUCCCUCCAAAGCUGUACCUCCUGACUCUUACGUGGUGACCCACUGACUUUUCUUGAUACGGCUCACAUACUCAUCUCCUCCUGCUUUAAAAAAAAAAAAAAUCAUAACCAGUUUCCUGAGAUACAGUAUUUGUUAAGGUUCAGCAUUUUUUUUUUUUUUGUGAAUUUUUGUCAUCUUAGGGUGGUGUCUAUAUUCUGCUUCUUGGUUUUCCCUAGGCCUUCACAUUAACAAGAUUAUAAAAAGAAGGCUCUUCUUUGAAUGUCUGGCUCACCAAAACCAAACACAAAUUCUUCCUUUGUUUGUUUCUCCAGAAUAAACCUCACCUGUUUUUUUUUUUUCAUCACUUCUGCUCAGUUUUAAAGUUCAGAGUGUAAGUAUUUAAAGUUAGUCUUGCUUAAAUUUGAUGGUGUUGAUGGUGACUAUCUAUGGAAGGCAUUAACAUGAUGUUUUAGAAAUGACAUUCAUAAUGGACUUAAACAAAUGAAUAGGGGCCACCCCACCCCCAUUUUCCUUUUGUAUGAGGAUGCCUGUGUCUGAUUCUUUAAAAUUAAAAGAAAGACAGGGAAUCGAUUGCCAAGUGUUGCUUCUUUUGAAGUAGUUUUAUUUUGUGUAGUGUUAGUAAUCGCAGAUCCCGGAGGUACAAAUAAAGAAUAAAUGGAAGAGAGAAAGAGAAAAGUGGAAAUUGGUGGUUACCAGAAAGUAAUUCCUAAGGUCUUAGAACCCCAGGAUCUGAGCAGACUGCAGUGGUCAAAAUAUUUACCUCACCAAAAAAAAAAGGCAAAUCUAGCGUAAGAAAUGAAUACCAGAGAGGGUUUUGAAGUUUUAGAAACAUUUAAAAAAAACUCUGCUUGCCAUUGUUACAUAAGUAUUUGAGACAAGUUGAUAACUGAAAAAAUCUGUUUAUAGAAUGUAUAUUUCAUAAUGUAUCAAAAAUGGUCCACAUACCUAUGGUAGCAUCAGUGAUAUUUUUAUGUAGUAAAUUAUUAACAUAUGGCUAAUUGGAUAAUGCUUCCAGAAGGAAAAUACAUUUUUAUCAGAGGAAAACAAAAAUAUACAUCCCUCUUCAGUAGCUAAUUUUUAUAAAGCCUGUCUAGUGAAUCAGAACAACCAAACACUUGCAUCUAAUUUUUGGAAGGCCCAAGUACUAUUGUUCAAAAUUCACUUUUACUGAGUUUGAAAAGUUUCUUUUAUAUUUAAAAUAAGUUGGGAUCAAAUAUGCUCAAUUUUUAUAGCAUUUAUCUGUUUGCAAAGCAUACAUUAACUAGUAAUUGGCUGCUAAUUUUAUAGACAUGGUAGCCAGGGUAGUAAAUCAAUGACCUAUUAAGUAUUUUUGACAAGCAAUUUACAUAUCUGAUGACCUCACAUUUUUUUUUUUCAGAGUCCAAUGCUAUGUAAUUGUUCCGUUGUGUGUUUGCAUAAAUGAGUCACAACACGGUAAGAAAAAGGUUAGAGUUAUUAAAAUAAUAACCAGACUAAAAUAGUCAUUUGAAUUUAUUCAUAUUGUUCAUAAUGCUUUCAAAGGAUAUAGCAAAGCUUUUGGGGAGUAACUGCACAUGCUUUAUUAUCUAUGGACUAAAUUGAGUUUCUGAAGUUGCUUUAAAUUUUAAAAGCACCUUUGCUUAAUAUAAAAAGCCCUCUAAUUUUAACUGACAGAUCAAUUCUGAAACUUUAUUUUGAAAUGAAAAUGGGAAAGAAUUUGUGUCUCUUGAAUUAAAAGAAGUGAAAAAAAAAUAAACCAGACAUUCUAAAAAAAAAAAAGGAAAAAAGAAAUCUGAUUUUUAGUACUAAUGAAAUAGUGGGUGACAAAAUAGUUGUCUUUUUGAUUUUGAUCACAAAAAAUAAACUGGUAGUGACAGGAUCUGAUGGAGAGAUUUGACAUCCUGGCGAAUCACUGUCAUUGAUUCAAUUAUUCUAAUUCUGAAUAAAAGCUGUAUACAGUGUGUGUUUAUGCUACAGUGGGUUUUUUUUUUAAGUGACUGACAUUCAUCAGAUUGGUUAGACAGUUUAAAAACCUAGUCUUUGUUUUCUACAAUGUUGUCAAGAACAAAUAAAGUGUAAUUUGUGGUAUGUUAAAAGCAAACUACUUAAAAUGCUAGUUAUAAAACUGCUUCAAAAUACUCUAACAUAUUUGAAAAUGUAUUUUGGAAAUUUAGGUUGUAACAGCUUUAAAUAGCUUUAAAAAAUUGAAACUUUUUACUUACAUAUGCAAAUUACUUAACAAUUUUUUUUGGUCUACUAUUUAUCAAAAGCUGUGAGAGUGUAGAAUUAUGAUUCAAAAUCCUAGUGUUUCAUAUGAAAACUGGUUCAGUAUGCUAUAAACCCCAAAUACAUGUCUAUAUGGUUAUAAAUGUAAGUGCUCAAUGUUCAUAAUUAACAAAGAGUUUACCUAAUGCAGGCUGAGUUAGCUCGUUUUCUGCUUUGUCUCAGCCCUAUGUUCUGUAAAAAUCCCUCACCAAGCUUCCAUACAUGUUUUCCCCAGUUUUCUAGCAUGAAUGUAGCUGUCAGUUUGAAUUUCAAUCCCAAAUUAUGUGUGUUGACAUAAUUUCGUAGUGCUGACUUCAAUUGUUUAAGAUUACUAAAUAGAAGACCAUCAACUUCUUUCUCUAUGCUUUCUAGCACUCAAGUCCUUUAUAUUCAUUAACUACUACAGCAGACUAAUUACCUUUAAUGGAGCUUAAUCCCAAAAUAUUAUUUUGUCUUCAUCAAUUUAAUCAUAGGAUGCAUAAAUGCAAAUUCAUUUUAUUAUUGGUCUUCAUAUAUUAGCAAACACAUUUUUCAAUGUUUUAUAAAGCUUAGCAUUUU